AUGGACAAUCUGGCUAGUAUCAAACAUUGUUUGGCUCAGAUCAAUGCUAAUGCCAGUAGCAAGGACAAGGACAAGGAUUAUAAAGCAUUGUGGUGCACAUCGAGGUUGAGCAAGCUGUGGAGUACACUACAACUAUGUGCCAAGUCCUAUCAAUCUCUGCAACAGACCCAACAAUCGGUCACUGAACACUUUGAACAACUGAUCAAGGUGAUCAUCGCUCAGGAGCACAAAGUCAAGACACCGAUCAAUGUCCAAAUGUCACUCAUUCAAUCAACAAUCAACGACAUCAUCAAUGAGAUCAAGGAUAUCAAUCAUAUCAUCAACAUUGAUCAUCUUGAUGACAAGAACAACAAGGACAGUCAUAGUGGAGAUGAUGAUGAUGACGAUGAACGCACUUCCAAAGUGAUCGAAUCAAUCAAGUCAUGUGAAUCAAUUGAUCAGUUUAUCAAGAUCAAGUUGUGUCAACCAUCAUCAUAUAGCGACAAUCCUAUUGACAAUGCUGAUGAUGGUAAACACACUCAAGCUCAUGAUCAUGAGCUGUUGUCAAUGAUCAGGAAUCAUUCCCAACACACUCAUCAAGUACCAUAUGACAAUACGUAUUCUUUAAAAGAUGUCAGUGUUAAGAUUGAUGAUGUCAAGCUAAAGAGAAUCAAGAGACAGAUUGAAUCAUGCUUCAAACUCAUCACACCACCUCCAUCUUCAGUAGUCACACCGAAAUCCAAAUCCACAUCCACCUCGUACAACAAUGUUGGUCACAUCAUGAUGUUGGGAUGUUUGUACGAUGAAUGCCACCUUCUCUCGUUGGAAACAUCCGAUUGGACUAAAAUCAGUUCCCCAACAGGAGAACCUUUGGAAGGAAUUACAACAUCGAUGGUGUACGCCCGCGGCAGUGUCUAUUUGUUUGGUGGCGACACCUCACCAACCACAUACUACCAGCUCUCACUGGAAGACAAGCAAUGGGAUGCCGAUGAAAUCGUUGGCGUUGGGCAGUGUAGAUACACGUCGGCUUGCUUUGAUGGCCGCAGUAAAAUCUACCUCGUCGGUGGAUAUGUCGAGGGAGAGUGUUUGCGUCGAGUGGACAGCUUCGACCUGGAAAGGAAAGAGUUCGAUUGUGUUGGAGAGCUAUCAUACGGUGUGGCUCAUCCCAUUACAUUCUACCACAACGACAACAUCUACAUUGUCUGCGGUGAUUGUUCCGAUGACAUCCAUGGAAUAUACACUUUUAAUGUCAUUACUAAGAGGACUUCCGUUGUCCACUACCUCAGGGAGUUUUCCCUUAACCAACAUGACAAGUGUUGUUUCGAUGGCGUGGACAACAUCUUCAUCCACACCAACCGAUCAUUCAUUCGAUACACACUGUCCACCAAUCAAAUGUCCAAGCUAGCGAUGUUGAAGAAUAAGCAGGUUAUCUUACGCAUGGAACGACCAAUGGACCAUUCUUGA